CGGGAGAGGAGCGUAAAGUGGGGAAAGCCCGAGAACUUCCCAUCUGCCCGUCUGCGCCUGCCCCGCCGGGCUCCGCAGAGUCCCUCCUGAGAGAUGUCCGACGCUUCUGCUCAGUGUUGCAUCAAGCUUCAAGAGGUGACUGAUUACCUGUCUCCUCCCUUGCACCAACUCAAGACUUUGCAACUUGAUACAAGACUGCUUUCUACUGCUCUUAGUGCAUCAGAUGGAGGCAUCUUUUACUCCUGAGUCUCUGCAUUGCCUGCAAAGUUGGAAAACUAACUAGUUUCACAUACUGAGGAAAGCAGGAAAGAAUUUCGUACACACCUCCAGCGAGCCCGGUACCGACUUACACUUCGUCACCACUACAUGUCCCAGUGCCUCAAGCGAUCAGGAUGGAUGAGGACGCGAUCAGACUGCCAGCACACCUGCGUUUGCAGCCCGUUUACUGGAGCAGGGAGGAUGUGGCACAGUGGCUCAGGUGGGCGGAGAAGGAGUUUUCCUUGAGGCCGAUUGAGAGCAACACUUUCGAGAUGAACGGCAAGGCUCUGCUGCUCCUGACCAAAGAGGACUUCCGAUACAGGUCUCCUCAUUCGGGUGAUGUUUUAUAUGAACUCCUUCAGCAUAUCCUGAAGCAAAGGAAAGCUCGUAUGCUCUUCACACCUUUCUUCCACCCUGGGAACUCUAUCCAUGCUCAACCAGAGGUCAUAUUACACCAGAAUCAUGAUGAAGAUAGCUUUGUCCAGAGACCUUCAAGACCAUCCGCAGAAACAGUCCACCACAACCCCCCAACCAUUGAACUGUUGCAUCGUUCUAGAUCGCCCAUCAGUAACAACCACCGUCCAUCACCAGAUCCCGAUCAGCGACCACUCAAGUCCCCUAUGGACAACACUAUCCGUCGCCUCUCCCCAGCCGACAGGGUGCCGGGAACAAGGCAUCAUCAUGAGAACAACCAGCAAGAGCCUUAUCCUCUCUCAGUGUCCCCAGUAGAAAACAACCACUGCCCGCCUCCUUCUGAGGUGCUCCAGAAGCCCUCCAGCCCUCGCCAGGAGAACACCAGGGUCAUCCAGCUGAUGCCCAGCCCUAUCAUGCAUCCUUUGAUAUUGAACCCCAGGCACUCCGAUUUCAAACCACCAAGGUUGUCUGAGGAUGGGCUGCACAGGGAAGUAAAGCCAAUCAACCUGUCCCACCGAGAAGAGUUAGCUUAUAUGAACCACAUCAUGGUGUCUGUAUCCCCUCCUGAGGACCAUGCAAUGCCAAUUGGAAGAAUAGCAGACUGUAGGUUGCUUUGGGAUUACGUUUAUCAGCUGCUUUCUGACAGCCGGUACGAAAAUUUCAUCCGAUGGGAAGAUAAGGAAUCCAAAAUAUUUCGGAUAGUGGAUCCCAACGGGCUGGCCCGGCUGUGGGGAAACCACAAGAACAGAACAAAUAUGACUUAUGAGAAAAUGUCCAGAGCUCUACGCCAUUACUACAAACUAAACAUUAUCCGGAAGGAGCCAGGACAAAGGCUUUUGUUCAGGUUCAUGAAGACCCCGGAUGAGAUUAUGAGUGGCCGAACAGACCGCCUCGAGCACCUUGAAUCCCAGGAACUGGAUGAACAAAUAUACCAAGAAGAUGAGUGCUGAAGGAAACAGGUGCACCACCUCUGUGGGUCCAUGGGAGAAACAUCUGCCUGGAUGGUUGGCAUGGUUUGGGAGGGGAAGCAACAACACAGAAGCAGUACUUGAGGUUGCCGCUUAGCUUGAAAACCACACAGGACCUGAAGCACCUUAACAAAACAAACUAACAGGCAGAAGUGGUGCUGGCAGAAAAGCAAAGGGGAGAAAGCCUGGACUUGUGCACUACUUCACUGUUCCUACAAAGUCUCCCUUGAGUUCUUUCCUUUUUUUUUGUUGUUUGUUUGAGUUGGGGGGGGUGUUAUUGGUUUUUUUUCCCUAAUAAACAUGCAGUUUGACUUUCCUUAUCUUACAUAGGACAAGAUGUCAGAUUAUGCUACCAUUUUUUUUUAAUGCUUUCCUAUGGAAAUAGAGUGCUUUUAUUUUCUGUGCAAGUCUCAUGACACAACACUGCAUAAACAAUAGCAACACAGAAGGGAUUUGCUCAAGGUUUCCAGUUUGCUCGGGUCAAUUUACAUGUGCUGCCACUGGGAAAUGUCUUGAAGCUACCAAAAGAAUUUACCACACAUACCUGUCAAAGGAAGAGGAGACACCCUACACAUGUAGGCUGGGCUAUCAUCCCAGGAUAGUUUGGGCUCACAGUGCGCACUCUGAGUGGCUAUUAACUGCUGGAAUAUGGACCAAAACCAAUCACCUAAGUGCUCCAGGGAGGAGAAAAAGAAGUGUGACAAACCUCUGCAGCAGACUAUCAGUUAACGUUUCCCUCUUUCUAGCAAAGAAGUGAUAGACUGGAGCAGGGGGAAGGGUGGGCAGGGAUGAAGACAUAUAUAUGUGUAUAUAUAUAAAAGUUUCAUAUAUAUAUAUAUAUAUAUAUAUAUAUAUAUAUAUAUAUAUAUAAACCUCCCCAAUAUUCUCCACAAUGCAGAAUUUCAGCUCAAAGCUUUUCCCCUUUUUAGGGAAGACUGAAGCAUCUCUAAUUAGAAAAGGAAUAGCAUACCUGCUAGCAAUUUGGGGGUGAAAGGUGAAGGACUGUUCCUUACAUUAUAGGGAGAAAGCAAAGGGACUCAUCACAUGGUUUGUAUUACUCAGAAGCCUCUCCAAGGUCAUUUUCUGCUGCAGGAGAGGUAGAUGAUUCACCAAUCUGAAAGGUGAUGUUAGAGAACUAGAGACCAAAUAGCUAUACUUAUAUCUUCUUGUUGAUUUUGGCUUUGCUUUGGGAUUUGGGGUUUUUUUAUGCCUCCUACUACCCUCCCCCAUCCUACAGCUCUGCCAUGAAGGAAGCCUGUCUCAGCUUGCCUGUUUUUAACAUGAUUUAAAAGACAAGAAAAAAACAAACCCUAGAGCUGUGUUGCUUUCUUGGUUUGGCAUUUUGUUCUGGUUGCAAGGUGCUUCCAUUUGGUUUGCUGCACUGAGAGUGCUUUGCAUGAGGCAAAAUGCUUAUGCCUCCUUUGGUCACAGAAAGCUCAGUAGUCCUUGAUGCCUAAGACAAGAGAAACUGCUAGCCUGUUUCAUUUCACAUAGCUUAGACCACCAUGACAUGAAUAUCUGUGGUAUCCAGGUGUCCAGCAAUCCAUCAGCAGUGGUCCUUUUAAUGGAAGGAAGAUCUAGCAGCAGAAAUGAGCAGAAAUGCGAAGGGAGAAGGUAUAUAGAGAAACUGUGCAGGAAUCACAUGCUGUCUGAAAGAACAGCACUUCCACACCAGUUCUGCUUUUAAGCAGAAAGCCUCUUCAAUGGGACCAUAAAAGAAACUAGACAUGGAAAAAAUCAAAAGGCUAAUCUAAUCCAUUUCAACCAAAAAACAAGGUACAUGCCCAUGGUGUUGGUUUAAUAGCUUUUAUCAGCUAUUAAACCAACACAACAAUUGGUCUUUCCAAACAUUUAACAAGAGAGUUAAUCUGUCCAGGGCAAAGUGGCACGCAAUGAAUAGUGUUGACAGGAGGAAAAGUGCCAGCAAACCCUCAACUCUGGACAUGAGGAGAGCAGACUUCAGGCUGCUCAAGGAAUUUGUAAGUAAGGUCCCCUGGAAACAUGUUUUUGCAGGUGCUGGGGUCCAUCAGUGCUGGUCCAUCACCUCCUAAGGGCACAGGAGCAGGCACUUCCCAAAUGUCAGAAGUCAAGCAGGUGAGGCAGAAGGCUGGCUUAGCUAAACAGGUAUCUUGGAAAUAUGGCAAAAAAGCAAGGCGUAUGCCCAGUGGAAGCAAAGUCAAGUGACAUGGGAAGAAUACAGAAAUGUUGCUUGCUGCAACAGGGAGAAAAUUUGUGUUGCUACAGCUCAAUUGGAGAUGAAGUUGCCAGAAAUGUGGGGGACAAUAAAAAGCGAUUUUUAAAGUACAUAAGUGGCAAUAGGCAGUAUGGAAAUAUCCUCGACUCAUUACAGGAUGGGGAUGGUCACCUUACAAAGGGGACACAGACAAGGCAGAGGUGUUUAACACUUCCUUUGCCUCUGUCUUCAACAUGGAUGACAGACCAAGGGGGUCUCAGUGUCCUUGACUGCGAGAAUGAUCAACUCCCAGUCAACCCUGAAAUUGUGUGGGAUCUGCUGCUCCAGCUGGAUCCCUGCAAAUCUACAGGGCCUGAUGGGAUUCAUCCAAGAAUACUCAAAAAGCUGCUGAUGUCAUUGCAAAACCUCUCUCAAUGAUUUUUGAGUGGUUUUGGGAAUCAGGAAAGGCCCCAGCUGACUGGAAGCUGGCGAAUGUUGUCCUGAUUUUCAAGAGGGGCAAGGAGGAGGAUCCCAGAAACUACAGGCCUGUCAGUCUCACUUCAGUGCCUGGUAAAGUUAUGGAGAAGAUUAUUCUGGAAGGUAUUGAAAAACACCUGAAAGACAGUGCAGUCAUUGGUCACAGCCAGCAUGGCUUCACGAGAGGGAAGAUUGUCAAACCUGAUUUCCUUCUAUGACACGGUAACCAAUCAAGGGAAGCCAGUUGAUGUAAUCUUUUUGGAUUUCAGUAAAGCUUUCAAUACUGUCUCUCACAGGAUCCUUCUGGACAAAAUGUCCAGCACACAGCUGGAUAAACACAUCAGACAAUGGGUGAGCAAUUGGCUCACAGGUUGAGCACAGAGGGUAACAUCAGACUGGCCACCUGUCACUGGUGGGGUUCUGCAGGGCUCCAUCUUGGGCCCUGUGCUGUUCAACAUCUUCAUAAAUGACUUGGAUGGAGGACUGGAAGGGACAGUAAGCAAGUCUGCAGCCACACAAAACUCGGAGGAGCUGUUGACUCCCUCAAAAGCAGGAAGGCCCUGCAGAGAGACGUCGACAAAUUAGAGGACUGGGCAGUCACCAACCUUAUGAAGUUCAACAAGGGGAAGUGCCUCAUUAUGCACUUGGGAUGGGGCAACCCUGGCUGCUCAUACAGACUGGAGAAUGAGAUGCUGGAAAUCAGUGCCCUGAAAAGGGACCUGGGGGUCCUUGUUGAUGGCAGGUUGGAGUCAGCAGUGCCCUGGCAGCCAGGAGGGCCAACCAUGUCCUGGGGAGUCAUUAGGCAAAGCAUCGCCAGCCAGGUGAGGGAGGUGAUUGUCCUGCUCUGCUCUGGAAUACUGGGGCAGUUUUGGGCACCACAAUAUAAGAAAGAUAUUAAGCCAUUAGAGAGCAUCUAAAGGAGAGCAGCAAAGAUGGUGAGGGGCCUUAAGGAGGAGCAACUGAGGUCACUUGGUCUGUUCAGCUGGAGAAGAGGAGACUGAGGGGAGACCUCAUUGCAGUUACAACUUCCUCCUGAGGGGAAGAAGAGAGGCAGACACUGAUCUCUUCUCUGUGGUGACCAGUGAUAGAACACUAGGGAAUGGCCUGAAGUUGUGUCAGGGGAGGUUUAGGUUGGGCAUUAGAAACAGGAUCUUCCCCCAGAGGGUGGUUAGAUGCUGGAACAGGCUCCCCAGGGAAGUGGUCACAGCACCAAGCCUGACAGAGUUCAAGGAACGUUUGGAUGAUACUCUCGGCACAUGGUGUGACUCUCAGGAAUGAGUGCAGGGCCAGGAGUUGGACUCUGAUCCUUGUGGGCCCCUUCCAACUCAGCAUAUUCUGUGAUUUAGACAGAAAUAGGCCAAUCUCACCAAAGACUUUAAUAUUAGAGUCAGAAGUCAUAGAAAGAACAGCUUUGUUAAGGGUGUAGAUAAGCAUCAUACAACAAGGAGAGGUUUUUCAGAGCCAAUAUCUGAUUAGGUUGGACAGGGCGUACAUCUCUCCCUAAGCAUUUUUCCCAGACACAUUUUUUUUAUAAAACCAUAGUAUGUUACAAGUCCCAGCACAUCGCAUACUUGACUUUUUCUACCUCAAAAUAAUAGACAAGGGAGUGUGUAUCAGCAGUGCGUCACCUGUCUCUGUCAUGACUCUGAAGUCCUUGGAGCUCAUGAGGUGUGAGGUUGGGAGACACUGAGGGACUUCCGUAGUCACAGAUCUGAAACUAAAGGUCUCUCGAAACCAAGGGCCCAAGGAGUUACUCUGUCACCCUCCUCAAGGGCAUCAAAGUUGCAGCCAGGUCUCAGGAGCUAGAGUGAAGUGAUGAAAUUUGAAUGACAGGUGAAGUGUGAUCAGAAGUACAAUGUAAACAAAGGCUCUGGAUGGAUCCUUGUGGUUCUUAAGAAUGUCCAGUGGUAGAAAGAAACCAAGUUUCUUUUACUGCUCUGGUCUUGACAACUGCGUAUGUGCAUUGUUUUCUUUUGCCUGCUGCAGCUAUUUUUAUUGAGACAAUGAGGGGAAAAAAAGAGAUAUUAGGGACUUUCUGUAUAAAGUGCUCCGAUGAGUCACAGGUUUUUGUCAUAGCCAAGGUGCACACUGCAAAAUACAGAGAACAAGAGACAAUCCACCAGUAAAAGCCCAUAUGCUCAUUGUUAUGCUAUCAAACAAAGUUCAUCCUCAGUAAGACAGGAAAAUCCCAUGUGUUGUCCCAUAGAGAAAUUUUGUAGGGGAAAUGUUCAUCUUUACAAAAAAAAAAAUGCAAUCACUUUCACUUGGAGAAUCUAAGUCAAAGGGAAAAAAAAAGUUUGGUGGCUGUUGGAAACUCUUCCCAGUUCACAAAUAAAGGGUAUCCUAAGAAAACUUCAUCACAGCCACAGAGAAGUUCUGUCAAAGCUGAUACUAGUUGGAAUGAAAAUAGCCUUUGAACCUUCCUGCCUCCUGCCAGGUCUGUGUGGUGCAGAAGUGAGGGGCAUGGGUGUCACUGCAGCUGCAAGAACUGUGGGGGCUUGGGGCCUCUUGUGGGAACUGCAGGAUUUGAACUGCUCUUGGGGUCUUGAAGCAAGUUUAUCAGCUAUGACUAAAAAUAAAAAAGUAGAACCAGGCUAGAGCACCACAUGGCAGAUACAUGAGAAUACAAACACAGUAUCAGCAUACUGAGCCUAUAGGGGUAGGCCUAAUGCUGCCUGUCAGGCCUAGCAAAGGUAACAAUGUCUUUCCACCAACACUGACACCUGCCUUCCCCCCUAAAUUCUGAUUUCCCAGUGUAGAAUUUGCCAGCAGCAACUUUCUGCCUUUGCCACCAAAGCAAGUGGGGAAAGGGAGAAAGUGUUUCAUCCUUGGAGAUGCGCAAAAGUCGUCUGGACACUGUCCUGGGCAACUGGCCCUGCUUGAGCAGAGGAGGUUAGACCAGAUGACCUCCAGAGGUCCUUGCCAACUUCAAUACCCAGCAAUGAUUCUUCACACUGUACAAUUAAGUUCAUUGCCAUCAGUUUGCUACCAGUCUGAACAAGCUUCAAGACAGGUAGGACGUGCUACAGUUCCACAGCAGAAUAUUUUCUUGAUUUAAAUUUGAAACCUGUUCACUGCUUCUCCAUCCAGAGAACACUACCGAGGCCCUGAACACUUGAGUCACUGCCAUCCUCCCUAGAUUUCAACCUCCAUGUAUGCAUUCUUCAGAUCUGUUUUGUCAGACUGCAACUGUGUGCAAAUCCGGAGUUUGAGGUUUGUUUUUUUUUUAAAUAAAAUUCUAGUGUUUUUAUUGAUGAUGGCUUCUGUUUUUUGGUAAGGUGUGGGGCUAAGGGACUGAAUCAAAUGAAUGUAACAAAACAAAAACAAGCCUAUUCUCAGGGCCAGUGAGUUGCAAAUAAUUUUUAAAAUGCUUGUAAUUACAUCAUCUCAAUAAAAAAAUUUAAUAUAAAAGCAGGAA